AUGUGUAUUUGUUGUUUUUCAAAAGUAAAGAUGCCCGUCCUGUGUAGCAGCUGCGCCAAGAAGCGCGCCGUGCUGAAGCGUCCCAAAACCGGCCACUCACUGUGCAAGGACUGCUUCUUUUGGGCGUUUGAAGAGGAGGUUCAUCGAACCAUCAUGGCAGCGAAGCUCUUCAAACCCGGGGAGACUGUGGGAAUCGCUGCCUCAGGAGGAAAGGACUCCACCGUGCUCGCACAUGUCAUGAAGCUCCUGAACGAGCGCUACAGCUACGGCCUCGAACUCAUGCUCAUCUCGGUGGACGAGGGAAUCACUGGCUACAGAGACGACUCCCUGGAGACGGUGAAGAGGAAUCAGGAGCAGUAUGAGCUGCCGCUCAAGAUUGUGUCCUAUGAGGAGCUGUACGGGUGGACCAUGGAUGCUAUAGUCAAGCAGGUGGGACUGAAAAAUAACUGCACCUUCUGCGGAGUGUUCAGAAGGCAGGCGCUGGACAGGGGAGCUAUCAUUCUGAAAGUGGAUAAGAUAUGCACAGGUCACAAUGCUGACGAUGUGGCAGAGACGGUUUUGAUGAAUGUCCUGCGAGGCGACAUAGCUCGUCUCCGGCGAUGCACUGCCAUUUCCACCGCCAGUGAGGGCGAGGGCGUGGUGCCGCGCUGCAAGCCGCUGAAAUACGCCUAUGAGAAAGAGAUUGUUCUGUACGCCUAUUUUAAGAAGCUAGACUACUUUUCUACUGAGUGUAUUUACUCUCCGAAUGCUUAUCGUGGCUACGCAAGGACCUUUCUGAAGGACUUGGAGAGCAUAAGACCCAGCUCCAUAAUGGAUGUCAUUCACUCUGGUGAGAACCUGUCUGUGCGGGAGGGGGUAAAGAUGCCUGUCCAGGGAACCUGCAGCCGCUGUGGCUACAUCUCCAGUCAGGCUCUGUGCAAGUCCUGUGUGCUGCUGGAGGGACUGAACAGGGGUCUGCCCAAGCUCGGAAUAGGAAAGCACCACCGCCUGCACGACAAAAUCCUUUCCCAGCAGCCCCUCACGGAGAAGGAGGAGAGGAAGCUGAAAGCUGUAGACUUUUGA